AUGCAGCCUAUCACGAUCCCUGCACUGGAAUUCCGCUACGCAUCUAUUCCAGAAAGUCCGCGACGACGAGCUUUCAACACACGCGACGCUCGCAAUCCACAUUCAUCAUCACCUGAACGCGAUGUCGAAAGACUGAACUCACCGAAGAAUAGUGCUUCGUCACUAUGUACUGGUAGCAGACCACCUUCUGCUCCUUCCUCGCCACGAUCGCCAACGACGCUAUUCUUCCGUGAUCCGUGGCAGUCAGACCUGGCCAGAAAGCCUCUGCCAGUACUACCUGCAGCCAUGGCACCUCGAGGUCAUGACCUACUCGAGCAAGAAAAGAGUUCCCUGCUUCACGAGUCUCCUUCAGAAAACAGAACGCGCCACGAGUCAACGUCCUCACCUCGAUCAUCAGUAGAUACUGUGACAACCGCAUCAACCACCUCACUAGUCCUCGAGAACCUCAACGAAAACGCCGAUUAUUACAAGACCAGACCGAGUCAGCCUCUCGAGUACCGCGACGAUGAAUCAGAUCCCGAGCUUCCACGGACGAAAUGGUCGAGCCAUAAGCGAAGCCUAUCUUUCAGCAGCCAAACCUCAAUGUCGCGAAACCUCAAAAGAGUGGUAUUGCUUGUGUCACUAGUAGCGGUCGCAGGAUGGGUCCUCGCACUCUUCACCUUCGUGUCUAACAAGAACUACCAGCAUAGCUCGACUCAAGCCUACGAUCACGAAUCACCAGGAAAGAGCUCAGGACGUAAGAUCAGCUUGGACAGCAUACAAAAGGGGAUGUGGUAUCCUCGUAGGGCUGCAUUGAAUUGGAUCGCGGGCGCGAGUGGCGAAGACGGACUCUUACUGGAGAUACAACAGCCAGGCAAAGACUUUAUGGUUGUUGAGGACGUUCGUUCCAGAAAGCCAGACUCGAAUGGGGAGAAGCAUCCGAGCAACAUACUGAUGAUAAGUAAUCGGUUUACUCCCAAGGGAGGAGACAGUGCUGUUAUCGCUGAGGAUUACUGGCCCAGCCCGGACCUGAAAAAGGUAUUGGUGUUGAGUAAGAGGGAGAAAGUCUACAGACAUUCAUUCACAGGCGUAUACUAUAUAUUCGAUGUGGAAACACAGACUGCGGAAUAUUUAGACGAGGAGUAUCCUGAUGCACGUGUUCAAUUGGCACGUUGGAGUCCGAACAGUGACGCUGUGGUCUUUACUCGCCACAACAACCUCUUCGUGCGGAUGCUGAAAAACAGCAAUGGAGGUCCAACAACGGCAGUCCGACAAGUUACCAACGAUGGUGGUCCCGAGUUCUUCUAUGGCAUACCCGAUUGGGUUUACGAAGAGGAGGUUUUCCAAGGCAAUGUUGCGACGUGGUGGGAUCGCGAAGGUAAAUACAUUGCUUUCAUGAGGACCAACGAGACUAUGGUUCCGGAAUUUCCUAUCGAUUACUACCUCAGCCGACCCAGUGGCGUCCGUCCCGAAAAGGGCCUUGAGCUUUAUCCAGAAGAAAGAAGGAUCAAAUAUCCUAAAGCAGGCGCGCCAAAUCCGGUUGUGCAUAUGCUGUUCUACGACCUCAAUGCGAACGAGAUGUUCGAUGUGAAUAUUGCCGAUGGUUUCGCUGAUGACGAUCGGAUUAUCGCUGAUGUGUUGUGGGCCGACGACGGGAGAGUCAUAGUGAAAGAGCUGAAUCGGGUUUCUGACAAGGUCAGAGUCGUGCUCGUUGACGUCAAAAGCAGGAGUGGAAAGACUGUCAGGACCCUCGAUGUGGAAAAGCUUGAUGGUGGUUGGGUCGAGCCUGGUCAAGAGAAUAGGUAUAUUCCAGCUGAUCCUGCGAAUGGUCGACCACAAGAAGGCUACAUUGACACUGUCAUUUAUGACAAUGGAGACCACCUGGGUUACUUCUCACCACUUGACAGCUCUGAACCACUCAUGCUGACCAGGGGAGACUGGGAGGUUGAGCAAGGCACGGUUCAUCUCGAUUUGAAGAACAACCUUGUUUACUUUACAGCAGCAAAAGAGCACUCUACUCAGCGUCACAUCUAUAGUGUCGACCUGGAAGGCAAAGAGAUCAAAUCCCUCGUACCGACUGAUAAGCCCGGAUACUAUAGUGCUAGUUUCAGUGCUCAGGCAGGCUACGCAAUCAUCAAUCAUGAAGGACCAGGCAUCCCCAAUCAGAAACUCAUCUCAACACCAUCGAAUGCAAAUACCUACGAAGAAGUUCUCGAAGAGAACAAAGACCUGGCACGACAAGCUGCUCAGCACGAAAUGCCGCACAUAGUCCACACAAACUUCACAGCUGAAGACGGCACCGUCCUGAAUGUUGUCGAGCAGCGACCACCACACUUUGACCCGAGACACCCUUACCCAGUCCUAUUCCAGCUCUACGGCGGCCCUGGAUCGCAGCAAGUCGACCGUCGCUUCAAAGUGAAUUUUCAAUCCUACGUCGCCAGCAGUCUAGGCUACGUUGUCGUCACCCUCGACAACCGAGGUACAGGCUACAUCGGUCGCAAAGCACGCACCAUAAUCCGCAAGAACAUGGGACAUUACGAAGCCAUCGACCAGAUCGCGUGCGCACGAGAAUGGGCUCAGAAAUCAUACAUCGACGCCGACCGCAUGGCCAUCUGGGGCUGGUCCUAUGGCGGCUUCAUGACCCUCAAAGUACUCGAAAAAGACGCCGGCGAGACCUUCCAGUACGGCAUAGCAGUCGCACCCGUCACAGACUUCCGAUUCUACGACACCAUCUACACCGAACGCUACAUGCUCACACCACAACUCAACCCCACAGGCUACGAAAACACAGCAAUCACAAACGUCAGCGCUCUAUCGCAGAACGUGCGCUGGCUGAUGAUGCAUGGCGCUUCCGACGACAAUGUGCAUGUGCAGAAUACUUUGACCCUGAUCGAUAAGCUCGAUAUGCAAGGGAUAAAGAAUUAUGAUGUGCAUUUCUUUCCGGAUAGUGAUCAUAGUAUCUAUUUUCAUGGGGCGAAUAAUGUUGUCUAUGGGAAGUUGAAUGACUUCCUUGUCAAUGCGUUCAAUGGGGUGUUUUAUGAAAUGAAGAAUCCGAGGCCGGAGGAUGUCGUUGGGAUUGAUGAUGAGAGGAGGUGA